AUGCUUGCUGUAGCUACGCAGUGCAAUACCAAAUCGGACGAAAAUCAACGGCAGUCGUGGGGAGGUGUUGGUGUUCGUGAGGCACUACGUCCGACGCGCCUCCGAGCCGUGAGGGCACUCGGAAGGGUAGGAGAGAGGGACCGAAAGUGCACCUACUCCGGGUGCGGGAGAUCCUGGCGAGACAGAUCCCACAUACAAUGCACUGAGACCCAUCCGUCCCCUUGUACGUGCGAUGUUUGUGCACAGUGGUCGGCAUCACCUGUGGCUUCGAUAAUAAUAAUAAUAGAUAGUCCAACAGCAUCAAAUAGCUUUAAAGUAAAGUGAAAUCGAAUACGUGAGCCAUGGAGUAAGUCGAAUUUCUAGUACCAGCAUGCAGUUUUAACGCAAGCACACUUAUACGAAAACAAAAUUUCAAGCAAAAGUGCGUCGAAUUCUGAAUAGUGACCACAUUUUUUCAUCACUUUCCCAUGAGCUUUUCUAAUUCACAAAGUUGCGAGAAGGAGCACCUACGUAACAGUUUCAUGCCAGUACAUCAUACCGAAUUUGGUUCUGCUGUCGAUGAUUUUUCGAGCAUAGACGCGUCUGCAUCUUUAGCGAUGCAUUAUUUAGGCGGUUAGCAUUGUAAACUUCCACGGAAGUUAGGUGAGUUUCUAUUAACACACCGCAGAUAUUAGUCCUGUUUCUACUUUGGUGUGUGUGGAAAAGAAGCCGUGUUCUCCCUAGAUCCGUACCUCCGUCGCCCGUUCUCUGAGAGACCUUCCUGCUGCACCGGCGA